UAGAAGGAGGUGAAUACAUACACGUACUCGCGAGCGAUGGGGUUCGAUGUGAACCGCUUCCAGGGUGACGUAGACGAGGAGCUCGUCUGUCCGAUAUGUUCUGGCGUUCUUGAAGACCCUGUCCAGGUGAGUAAUGUGUUACAGGCACCAGUGUGUGAACAUGCCUUUUGCCGCACCUGUAUCAACGAAUGGAUAAAUCGCCAGCCUACGUGUCCCCUGGACCGUACGCCCAUCACAUCCACUCAGCUCAGAGCAGUUCCCAGAAUCUUGAGAAACCUAUUGGCCCGCUUGUGUAUCAAAUGCGACAACAUUAUGUAUGGUUGUAACAUGGUUGUCAAGUUAGAUUGCCUGGCAAUGCAUCUCGAGCAGUGCGAAUACAAUCCGAAGAGACCAAUGCAGUGCGAGCAGGGUUGCAGCUUGAUUAUUCCCAAGAACGAGCUCAAGGAUCACAACUGCGUGCGCGAGCUCCGUAAUCUGAUACAGUCGCAGCAGCAAAAACUAAGCGAUAUGAAGCGUGAACUCGAUGAACAGCAGCUGCAAAUCAAUGAACAUAAACGUGAAAUCCAUCUUCUGAAAGACUUUAUGCGCGCGCUUAGAGUAUCAAAUCCGGCAAUGCGUGCAAUCGCUGAUCAGAUGGAACGAGACGACGUCGUCAGAUGGUCCGCGUCUCUACCACGCGCUAGAGUUACCAGAUGGGGCGGUAUGAUCUCCACGCCUGACGAAUUGCUGCAGACAAUGAUCAAGAGAACUCUAUCAGAGUACAAUUGUCCACCUCAUGUGAUUGACGAGCUAAUGGAAAACUGCCACGAGAGAAAAUGGCCACCAGGUCUUAAUUCACUGGAGACUAGACAGAACUCUCGACGACAAUACGACAACUACGUGUGCAAAAGAGUGCCUGGCAAACAAGCGGUGCUGGUCCUUCACUGUGAUAAUAUGCACAUGCCGGAGGAUAUGAUGGUCGAGCCUGGAUUAGUGAUGAUUUUUGCACAUGGUAUCGAAUAGAAUUGUUGGACAGCGUAUAUGAAUACGAUUAAUUAAACACCAUCACGGACCCAGAAACACCGAUAUCCACGUUGCUUACGUGGAGAGAGCGAAUUUCCUCGACCAUAAUGCGAACUGAUGUGAGUUGUUCUGAAACUUUGUUAGGAUUAAUUGGAGAACUAUCAUCUGAUCGCCAAGUUUUACUCGGAAAAUUCCUUCACUGGGAUAUUCAGGCAUUCACGGUUGAAAACCUAAUAAUGCAAGAUUGUCCUUGAUGCGAAUUCCGAAGAUAAAUCGAAGCCGUAGAGUAUACUCAAACGAUGAUGCGCAUGUCGCCCUUUGUGAUACGCGAUUCUAGAGGCGCAAUUGCCAUGUACAUGGUUGAUUGGGAUUGUAAUGGUAAUCGAUACGGCAAUAUAAUACUGGUAAACAAAUUUCUCGUCGCGACGUUCGACUCGCCGUUAUCGGUUACUUCGAUCGAACUCCCACAGGAAAACUCAAUCGAGUAUCUGGAUCGUUGCACUGUGAUAUACCACUUCGGUGAGAAACUUCCUGAAAUCGCGUGAUAAAUGACCGACCAUCAUCUCUCCUUCUUGGCCGGUCGAUUGAUCGAAUUGUACAUUUUUUCAUCGGCGGUUCGUUUAUCGUUCAUUUCAGGGUCAUUUACGGAUACUUGAUCUUGUGAAUGUUUUACUAUAAUACUUUAGAGACAGAAGAGUGUAAGCAAUGACUGAAGAAAAUUAAGC